GAUUAUUUGUUACAAAAAAGCAAACCAUCUCCUUGGUUGUUUCCCAAAGAUGUAUUGACUGAUAAAGAAGACCACAAAUUAGUGCUGCACAUGAUAGAGUCUAUGUUGUAUGAUUUUUUACCCAAUGAAGUUCCGUACAACUUAAAAGUAGAAAUGGAAUAUUAUGAAGUUUCUCAAGAGGGCAAUAUACACAUUGUUGUAUUAAUUCACUGCAAUACACCGAGAAUAGAGAAGCUGGUGAUGGGAAAAAGAGGCAGUCGUAUCAGGAACAUCGCUAAGAAAUCCGAACAACACCUAAGAAAUCUGUUUUUAACUGAUGUUUUCCUCAAAAUGGUUGUCACAGAUAAACAAAAAAAUCCUGUACAACACACGGAAGACACCUUAAGUUUGUAAUCUGACAUAUGCAAUCACGGCCAUUUCAUUUGUUAAAGCCUUUUUUUUUAUUCUUGUUACAAUGUUGUUAAUUUUUUUUUCAAUACACAAUUGAUGAAAAAAUAUCUCAACCGAAUGAAAUUAAAAUUGGCUGUAGAUUGAUGUCACAGAUAUUACGACUCUUAUAAUUUACAAAAUAGUAAGAUAAAUCUGGAACUGUGAUGUAAAUUAAUAUAAAAAUUGUUAAAGAAUAUAGAUUGGCGUCAAUUUUUGGU